AUGGAGCCUCCGAAUGGGCUGUUGCAUUCUGCAGAAAUCAGUGACGUUGCCAUCCGUGCGAUCUCUGCAAACAGACGAUACAUUGCGACGUGCGCAGAAGACUUUUCUGCGCGGUUGUAUGAUGCGAGGGGUACCCUCCUUCACACAUUCCAGACAUCACAGAAGACCCGGAAUGUGGCCCUGUCAGACAAGUAUUUGGUGACAGGCGAGAAGAACGGACAAGGCGAGCUUUUUGACCUCAGCAAGCGGAAUCGUGUCUCUGUGUUCCAGUUUGGUGGCAAAGUGACCAUCACCAUGUACAACGUGGCCAUUUCUGCAGACCAUGUCCUGCUUUCGUCUUGCCGCGGGUUUGGCAUGAAGACAAACGCAGAGGACCGAAAGCUACAUGUUGCCAACUUGUACACGUUGGAUGGAGCUUUGCAACACUCCCUGGAUCAUGGGUCACUACUGGGCCGUUCUGGUAUCUGUUUAUGCAUGUCGAAAGCAGCGACUUCUGGUGAGGACAAGGUGGUCAAGGUAUGGGAUCUAAUCAGCGGCCAGCUGCUGCACACCGUUUCCAUAGACAAGGAUCGCAGUCCUGGCGUGCAGUUCCUGGGUAACCAGCUGUUGGUGUCAGGAAUCAACUAUGUUGGCGUCUAUGACUUGCAAGCGUACAAUCUUGAGCGCCAGUUGCAGGUGUGCCGCGUGGAGCAAGGGACGCUGCGUGCGACUCCGCAGACAUAUCCACGCCUUGCAGUUGGGGGCAACUAUGUUGUUUCAGCAAGCGAAGAUCGGCAUGCCAGUGUUUGGACACUGUCUGAUGGAAAGCUUCUUUGCACAAUUUCAGAUGAGAGGCGCAUUUCUGGAGACUUCUAUGCUGCCAUUUGCAACGAGCGAUUGACCCUGAUUUGUGGCAAGACCUUGAAGAUAUAUGAUCUCAGUGUUCACGCUGGCUACAAGCGGACGCUUUCGGAGAGCCUCGGGAUCUCACUCCGCUAUCUCCUCAAUGAGUUUGAGGAUGUUGCGCAGGCUGCCACUGGGAAGGAGAACCCCAACUUCCACGAACUUGCGCCUGCAAUCGCCUACGGUCCUACAGCGCUGGGAUCAAACACCGUCUGUCCCCGAGACGGUCGUCAAGGCUCUGCUCUUGUGGACGUUUUGCCAUCUGGCCCAGCCACGCAUUUUCUUUCUUGGGCCUGGUCUUACCACUUGAAGACUGUUGUUCCAGCCCUGCAGCACUGGAGCCAGGACAGCGGCAACCAAGUCAAUCCUGACAAGACGUUCAUUUGGAUAUGCUUUUUCUGCAAUAAUCAAGAGCGGAUCCUCAACGAGAAGUCCCAGGAGGGCUCAGAUGAUUUGGAAACCACAUUCCAGUCUCGCCUGCGAUCAAUCGGCCAUGUCCUUGUGCUCUUCGAUGACUGGAGCAAGCCAGCCUACCUGACACGCGUGUGGUGCAUCUUUGAGACGUUUGUUGCUGCGAAAUCGGAGCUUUCCUAUACUUUGAUCUUUCCGCCAGAGUCUUCCGAGAGCAUGCAUGGGGCCUUGCAGCACGGGAUGCAUUUGGAAGUCACCAAAGACUGGAGCAGCAUAGAUGUGGCGCGUGCUACCGCAAGUCGCCCUGUAGACGAAGAGAAGGUCAAAAGCAUCAUCUCACGGACUUCCUCUUUUGAUGAGGUCAACUCCGUUGUCAAAGAUCAUUUGGUCAACUGGUUCAAGAAGCAGUUUCAGGCAUUCUUCGAGCGCUCGGUGCGAGAACCGGGUCAACUGCCUAGCCAGUCGCCAAAGUGCGCAGCAUGUGCUUCGAAGGACGCGCAGAUAGCUCUUUUGAGGAAGACCCUCGAGGAGCGCGAUGCAGAGAUCGCACGAAUGACAGCGCUACUGCCAUGUGGCAGCGGGGCCAGGGCAGCGAAGUCCGAGCUCCUGGAUGCCAGCAAUGCUGAGGAGGCCGUGUGA